UUUAUAAUUAUGACGUCACCAUCGUAACAAUGCUUGUUUGUUAGGUAACAAAGGAUGUUUUCAAUCGGAGAUUUCCAAGCCAACCAUGGAUCGAUGCAAAUGGAGAUUGUGGGCGAGUUCGCUGAGUUAAACAUCUUGCCAAUAGAUGGCGCUCCUCGCUACGGAGCAAGUUCCGUUCAUUUUGAUUCCGGGAACGAAUUAUUAUGGGUUGGAAACCAAUCGGGUCACAUGACCUCGUACUACGGCGCAGCGAUGCAGAAGUACACUUCGUUUCAAAUUCACCCACAACACCACCCAGUGGUGGAAGUUUUAUCGUUCGAUGACAAAAUUGUCGGGUUGACGAAAGAUCGUUUGCAAUGUAACCUUAAACGAGGGAUUCCUGUUUCGACGUUCAAGGACCCUGAUAUGAGUGAUGCUCACUGCAUGGUUUUCCAUAAAGAUCAUUUAUACAUCGGGGGAAAGGAUCAACAUAUUAUAGAUCUUGAUCUGAAAACAAACGUUGCUUCAAACCGUAUGGAACUUAAUGAGAACGAAACCGUUGCAAUAUUUCGGAAAACUUCUCGAUAUUUAUGUUGUGGUGGAUUUAAUGGAAAGAUAAUGCUUCGUGAUCCUGAUUCCUUAAAGUUGCAACACACGCUCGACGGGCAUACAGGGUCACUCUCGGACUUUGACGCAAGUGGUCACCUCCUUAUCACAUGCGGGUAUUCCCAACGACCAGGGUCGCUGAUCAACGAACCGUUAAACUGGAGCUUGGACCGCUUCGUUAAAGUUUACGAUCUCCGUAUGUUGAGGUCGUUGACCCCGAUCCAAUCUAUUGUUCAACCUUCGUUUCUAAGAUUCAUGUCCACGUACACGAGACGUAUGCUUGUGACAUCACAAAGUGGUCAGUUCUUAUUAAUCGAGGACAACGCCCUUGUCACGCCCACCACACCCAUCUACCAAACCAAUCUGAUUGGUUCGAACAUUACGAGCAUGGAUAUUUCUCCUUCCAUGCAAGCCAUAACGUUCGCAGAUUCAGGGGGUGUUCUCCACCUGUGGUCAGCAUCAGGAACCCCCAACUUCAAUAAAUUCACGAAAGAUCCCGAGUUUGCUUCCAUGUCAGAAUCUCUCGAUCCGAUUAAUAUAAGUGACGAGAAUACCCCGUUAUCAAUCAUCCCUAUGCCGUACUGCCAAGAACCUUUGUUUUCUGAUUGGCCGAAACCCCAAUGUACCCCCGUCAGUCGUCGCCCGCCACCCAUUGACCCCGAGUUACUUCGUUCAAUGAAAGUGGUGCAUGGGAUCGGGUAUGCCCCUAACCCGGGAACCCGUCGUAGGAAUCAGGUCCCGUAUAAGUUAAAAGAUAUGACAUCUCAUGAUCGCAAAGGGAAGAAAGCAGCCGUGCCGGAAUCUCCACUCGGACGUGACGAACAACCUCAUCUAUAUAUGGUGCCUAAGAAGUAUAGAAAGGUUGCGUUCAAAUACUCGAAACUUGGUGAGGAGGAAAACGAGAUGAUCCAACAUUACAACCGAACCAACUUUGCAGGGUUGGAAGCUAACAUUCCAAACGCAUAUUGUAACUGCAUGUUGCAGGUUUUAUAUUUCAUCGAACCCCUCAGGUGUGGAUUACAAAGCCAUCAUAAUCUAAACAAGGAAAUUGAUUUAUCGGAAGAAUUGGGAUUCUUGUUUCACAUGCAAGAUUGCGCUACUAGUGGUGUGCUACAGGCAAGCAACUUCUUACGAGCGUUCCGAACAAUCCCCGAAGCCACCGCCCUGGGCCUCGUGCAAAACUCGUCGAAACCUGAACAAAUGGCCACCGGAGGCACUAACAACAAUCUGGGUCAUCUCAUCCAAAACUGGUCGAGGUUCAUCUUGCAACAAAUACACACGGAGACCCUCCCACCCACUAACAACGAACCAGAAGACAUCGUCCUAAUCGACCCAAACCAGCUGUCAAUCAAAGGGGAGGUCACAGACGAACGUUCGUUGGUUGAGAAAUUGUGCGGAACUCAAAUGAAGAUUGAGACUCAGUUUCGUAACGGGCGUACAACGACACGAAGCACGACGCAGUUUCUAUUCAACCUUAUUUACCCCUUGCUACCUAAACCUGGGGAACCAGUGAAGCACGUACCGUUUACAUCCGUUUUAAAACAAACGAUUUGUUCGCAAGUCAACACAAAAUCAUGGGACGAGGUGUCCGAGACUUACCAACCAAUGGUACAAACUAAGACGCCAGUGUCUCUUCCCGAUAUUCUGGUUUUGAAUUGUUCGUUGUUUCGUGAGGAAGACGUGCAAUUCUGGAAGAGCCAGAGCGAGUUACUUCAGAAAAAAAUGGAGCGUAAGAUUUCGGAGCCAAACGGAAACCGACGAGGCGCGACAGAUCGAAGUCACAUGACCUCCAGUGAUGCCUGGAACGUAUUUGUUGAGGAAGAAGGGUUGGAUCUCUCGUUCGAUCGAACAAACUCGGUAAGUUGGGUUCCGCACCAUGUUUCAAUGGCAGUAGAUGGCGACGGAGAGCUUGUGGUGAAAUCGAAGAACGAAGAAAAUGGUUUAAACAUGGACGGGAUGGUUGAAUAUGAAUUGUUCUCGACGGUUGUCCACAUAGACGAUCCACGAACGGGGGGGAACUUGGUGUCGCAUAUCAACGUGGGGGAGAAAUAUCAUCAAAGGAAAGAGGGGGUUACCCACACACAGUGGUAUUUAUUCAACGACUUUCAAAUAAGUUCGGUCGAAAAAGAAGAAACCGUCGAUUUUGAUUUACGUUGGAAGAUUCCAUGUCUGUUGGUUUAUACAAGGGUGGAUCUUAAUAAUAGACACAAGUUGAACAUCAACUUCCCUCUGACAUCGGACAUCCUCCUGCCAACACCCAGCAUCUCCAAGAGGAGUUUGCGUCGCAACCUGAUGUCGCCCAUGGAACCAACGAGCCCGGGGGCGGCCAUGACCUUCACCCCCCUCAUGUGCGACGAGUUACCAACACACGAGGGGGUGCUAGUUGCGCUUGAUGCCGAGUUCGUUACGCUGAAGGCUGAAGAAGCAGAGUUACACAGCGACGGCACGAGGUCCACGAUUAAACCAAGCCAUCUCAUAGUAGCUCGUAUCACAGUGGUGCGGGGGGAGGGGACCAGGGAGGGUGAACCUUUCAUUGAUGAUUAUAUUUCAACACAGGAGCAAGUGGUGGAUUACCUCACCAAGUUUUCAGGAAUCAAACCAGGUGACUUAGACGCAUCAAUAUCCUCGAAACACCUCGCUACGCUUAAACUUACUUAUUGUAAGUUGAGAUAUUUGAUCCAGUGCGGUUGUGUUAUAGUUGGGCAUGGGUUGAGUAAAGACUUCAAAGUCAUCAACAUAUUUGUCCCAGAGAAUCAGGUUCGCGAUACGGUUCACUUGUUCCACAUGCCGCGUAAACGAUUUGUGUCUUUAAGAUUUCUAUCCUGGUACUUUCUCGAUGAGAAGAUACAGAAAGACAUGCAUGACAGCAUAGAAGACGCAAGGACGGCACUCAAACUUUAUAAGAAAUAUCUUGAAUUGACGGAAAACGAAACGAAAACCUCGGAUUUCCGACAAACCACCCUCAAACAACUUUACGCUGAAGGAAGGAGAUUAGAAUGGAAGGUUCCAGAAGAUUGAUGACAUCACCCAUCGAUGACGUCAUGGAUGACAUCACAGAGUGCUCAGGAUGUGAAAGAUUUUUUUGUAAAUUUACUGCCAACGAUUUUUAUUGUCUUAUUUCUUUACCUGUGUGACGUCAUAGAAUAAAUGGGAAAUCCCCGUGGAUUAACAAUCAA